CAUAUGAGUUCGGUUCUUACUUCUUACUUCUAAACGCCAUAAAUAUCAUAACCCAUUUUGCAUAAGUUAGAUUUAAAAACCCGCUUAAAAAUAUAUUUUUAAAGUUAAAAGUAAGUGUAAUUUGUGUUUAUUAUGUAUAUACCUACUAGAAGAUUAGUUCAAAUUGCUGGAUGGGGUGGACUUAUUGUAGCAACGACUGGAUUUUAUUUACAAAAUAAAAUUGUGGAUAAUGUGAGAAGCGGUAGUUAUUACAAAGACGCUUUAAAAAAAUUGCGAAGCCACCCAGGAGCAGUACACUAUCUCGGUGAACCUAUUAAGGAUAAGCGAUUCAAAUUAAGUGACAGUCAAAAUAAUUACUCCGAUGCAGCAUCAGCUAAAUUUUGUGUUCCUGUAUCAGGACAAAAGGAGCGGGGAUAUUAUUAUUUUUGGGCGGAAAAAAUCGAUGACACAUGGUGUAUUGUUAGAGCAGAACUUGAAUUAAAAUCAAAACCUGAUGAAAGAUUAGUGAUAGUUAAGCAAAGUUCUAGAAAAAUGAUGUUUGUUGGAACAUCGCGAGAAAAGUUUUUUUAUCACAAUACAUUGUUAUGUCUAGUUAAAUCACUACAAGAUAAAAAUAUAACAGUUGAUCUUCGAAAUGAUUCAUAUGUCUGUGGUCAACUUACAUCUGUGGAUGGCUACAUGAACAUCUCAAUGAGUAAAGCUGUGUAUUGUGAUUCUCAAGAAAAUGAAUAUUAUUUUGAUAAUUUAUUUGUACAAGCACGAAAUAUUAGAUAUGUGCAUAUACCAGAAACAAUCUCUAUCUUAGGAAACAUAAAAAAUGAGUUUAAAAAAGGAAAUGAAAAAGAUCCAAAUAAAGAAGAUAAACCUGUGAAAUCAAGAAAAGCGAAAAAGGCAUUACAGCAGCACAUGAAAAUUGUAGCAUCAUUAGAGAAUUAAUAUGCUGUUAACUUUCUUUCUAACAUUUAAAAAACAUUUUGUCUGUACUAACAUAACAAAUCGAAAUUAAUAAUUUAUCAAAGAUGAUAAAUACUUAAAAUAAAAAAUUAAAUGUUUGUAAUUAUAUUUUAUUUAUUUAUAUUAUCUGAUAUAUUCUUAGGAUCGGAUGGACUUGAACUAUUUGUGUUCAUUUUAUGUUCAUUUUUAGAUUCUGCACUCUGUACUUUGGUAUGGCUAUCCUUACCGUGAUAGUUAUCUCUGUAGUUAUUAGAUGUAAAGUUCUGUUCGCUGUCAUUAUGAGACAUUACUCCAUUAUCUAUGAAAAAUAAUUUCGGUUUGCUUGUGCUGUAUUCAUCUAUUUUAAUAUCACCGCUGUAAUGGUCAUUUUUAUUGGU